CAGAUGAAGUUUUUUUAUGGUUAGGGCCUACUUUCUGUUUUACAAGUUACAAAAUUUCUAAGUUUUUCACAGAAUUUAGAAUCCACUAGAUUUACUGAAAAUAGAUCUACACCAUAUAAAUCUAGAUCUAGAUUAAUAUGGCUGGUAGCUUUUGGUCAAGCUCACAUUACCAACAGUGGAUUCUUGACAGACAAGAUUUGUGUAGAGAGAGGCAUUAUGACCUGACAAUACUUACAGAAGAUGAAUAUCAAAAGAUUAUGAUGCUUUUUGCAAACUUCAUUCAAGCUCUUGGAGAGCAGCUAAAGUUCAGGCAGCAAGUUAUUGCCACUGCUACUGUUUAUUUCAAGAGGUUUUAUGCCAGAAAUUCACUUAAGUGUAUAGAUCCUUGGCUGAUGGCACCAACUUGUGCAUUUUUAGCUUCUAAAGUAGAAGAAUUCGGUGUUAUAUCAAAUAGUAGGCUUAUGACAACCUGCCAAAAUAUUGUAAAAAAUAAAUUUAGUCAUGCUUACAAUGGAGAAUACCCAUACAGAACACAGCAUGUUUUAGAGUGUGAAUUUUACCUGCUUGAGAUGAUGGAUUGUUGCUUGAUAAUGUACCACCCUUACAGACCUCUUGUAAAAUUUUGUGCUGAUCUGAAUUGUGAAGCGGAUUUAUUACCUGUUGCAUGGAAAAUGGUAAAUGAUUGUUUACGGACAGAUGCACCAUUGUUGUAUCCACCAUAUCUUAUUGCACUUUCUUGUCUUCAUUUAGCCAGCAUUAUUAAACAAAAAGACAUCAAACAAUGGUGUGCUGAACUGAAUGUAGAUAAUGAUAAGUGUAUGGAGGUAACACGCAUGAUGGUAUCUUUAUAUGAGCUGUGGAAGACAUAUGAUGAGAAGAAAGAAAUACAAGCUAUACUAGCAAAAAUGCCUAAACCAAGUCCUUCAAGACCCCCUUCAGAGGCACCAAACCUGCAAGAUGGUAGCUCACAGCAACAGCAAAAUCAGCAACAACAAAUGUCUUCAGGGGUUUCUUGAUUUAAGCAGUUUCCAUUCUCAAACAAUUGUUAAUACUGUAUAUAGCUUUAUUAUACUGUACCUUGACUGUAUUAUAAAUAAUCGUGUAAAUUCUUAUAUUAGUGAGAUUUAUGACUGCCAUAGUUAAUUGUAGUUUUCUGUCAAGGAAUAAUUGUGUGUACAUUAUGCUCUACUUUAUUAAAAUCUGAUCCCUGGUUUUUUGAGGCUGUAAAAUAUAAUUUAUGUUUAAAAGCUAAAGCAGCUGUAUUAAAUAUUUAUCCAUCAUUUGACAAAAUGAGUUCAUUAAUCAUACUGUAAUUUUUUUACAUUAUAUAUCUUUUUACCAUUUAACACUACCUUUCAAAACUUGGUAGAAGUAGAAGUAUUUUAAAAUUGACUUAAUCAACUCAAUGAAUGUUUUUGUUUUCAAAUAUAACUGACUUUUAAAGAAUGUUUAUAAAUUGCAAGCAAUUAUUGUUGAUUAAUCUAUACUCAAAUAAUAAUUAAAUGUAUAUCCUGAAUAGAUUUGCAAUUAAUUAGUGUGAAAUCUCUGGCUUAGAUAAGACUAUUUUUAUGUCAUAAUACCUUAUCAAAAAUGUAUUUUAGUAUUAGCAUUAGAACUCAAAAAAGAAAUUAUCUUUUUAUGUUAUGUUUUAAGCAAAUGAUUUAUAUAUUAUGGAAUGUAUGAGUUGGGCUUUCUGUUGUACUCAAUGCAUUUAAAAUCAAAAGAUGUAUUCAAAAUAAUUCAUUUUUCUGGUGUGUUACAUGAUUAUAUUCUUCUAGUUUUCUGGUUAGAAUACAGUAUCGAUCAAUAUAGGCAUUUUAAAAACAUAAUUGCUUUAACUUAGACUACUUAGAGAGAAAAAUGUAUUAUGAUGCUAACUAAUAUAAGCCACACUGAUGACAUAAGGCAGCUCACUGUUAAAAAAAGAAAAAUAACUUCUGUAUUGUGAUUUCAUCA